UAAGGUGCGCUUUGAAACAGUUCAGUGCUAAACGCCAACCAAUGCAGAAGUCGAGGUGAACCUGAAAAGUUUUUAUGUGAACUUGAUUUGUAGAUAUUAAUAAACUAUGAGAAAAAUUGCAUACAUAAACUACAAAAUCUUGAAUCUAUGUUUAUAAAUAAGCAAUCUCUACAAUUGUGACAAAUGAGAAGCAUACUUGUGUUUGUAAAUAGCGCCGAACAUUUUCAUUCACUUUUUUAAAAAAGUUAUAAAUAAUUAAUAAAGGCAUAGCAAAAUGGCCACCAGAAAUGGUGACGUCGGAAUGGAAAUUUCCGGCAAAAAUGAUAAAGGCAAUGCAAAAGCUCCUGAGGAGCGCGCCAACUGGUCGAAUGGAUUAGAGUUUCUCAUGUCAUGUAUCUCAAUGUCAGUCGGAUUGGGAAAUGUAUGGCGAUUUCCCUUUACAGCUUACGAAAAUGGUGGAGGGGCUUUUCUUAUUCCAUAUAUCAUCGUUCUCUUCUUGAUAGGAAAGCCUAUGUAUUACCUCGAAAUGAUUCUCGGUCAGUUCACAAGCAGGGGUUCGGUGAAAAUUUGGAGCGUUUGUCCUUCAUUUUUGGGUGUUGGAUAUGGCCAAGCAUUGGCAACCAUUUGUAUUAUUACUUACUACUCGUCGCUCUUGGCAUUAACAUUGUACUAUUUGGUGGUUUCAUGCCAGUCGGUACUACCUUGGACGCAGUGUCGACCUGAAUGGGGUAGUAAUUGUGUCGAUUCUUAUGCUGGCGAAAGUGUGGACGAUGUGGAGGCUUCAAACUCAUCAGUCCAACUUCAAAGCAGCUCAGAGCUGUAUUUUUUGAAAGAGGUUAUAAGAGAGAAAGAUGAUAUUUCGGACGGGUUAGGUGCACCAGAAUGGAAACUGACUCUGUCAUUGUUUGUGUCGUGGGUUGUAAUUUUCUUAGUAAUCAUGAAAGGGGUGAAAAGCUCGGGCAAAGCUGCCUAUUUUCUGGCUUUGUUUCCCUACGUUAUUCUUGUCGCAUUACUCGUGCGUGCCGUUACUCUGGAAGGCGCACUGGAUGGAAUAAUUUUUUUCCUAGAACCUAAUUGGCAUGAACUGCUUAAUCCAAAGGUAUGGAAAGAGGCUGUGGUGCAAUGCUUUUUCUCUCUGGCUGUGGGCCUUGGUCCAAUAGUUAUGUUUUCCUCAUACAACCGUUUCGAUCACUGCAUUUAUAGGGAUGCUAUGAUAGUUACUUCCUUAGAUACUCUCACAAGUCUUCUGGCUGGUGUAUCCAUUUUUGGUAUACUGGGUAACUUGGCGCAUAAUCUCCAAAUCACAGACAUCAAAGAAGUUAUAAAAAGCGGUACUGGGCUUGCCUUCAUAUCAUAUCCGGAUGCCAUUGCAAAGUUUAGAGCAGUUCCCCAGCUUUUUGCUGUACUCUUCUUCUUCAUGCUGUUUGUUUUAGGAGUUGGCUCCAUAGUCGCUCUACAAUGCACCAUUGUUACUAUAAUAUGUGAUCAAUUUAAAUCGUUGCGGUACUGGAAAGUUGCUCUGCUUUCAUCAAUUUUUGGAUUUUUAGCAAGCAUAAUAUAUGUUACACCGGGUGGCCAAUGGAUUUUGAAUUUGGUAGAUUUCUAUGGAGGAACUUUUGUUAUUUUUGGCCUUGCCAUUCUGGAAACAAUCAGCAUUUCAUGGAUAUAUGGGAUAAAUAAUUUCUGCGAUGAUGUCCAAUUUAUGACAAAUCGAGAAGUCUCCAUUUAUUGGCGUUCAUGCUGGGGAUUCUUCACACCAGUUUUAAUGAUAAUAAUUUUCGUAUACUCUAUGUCAUCAAUUGAGUCUUUGACAUAUAGCGGAAAGCUAUAUCCCGAUGCUGCAAAUGUUGCAGGUUGGAUACUUUUUACAAUCGGCAUUGCUCAAUUUCCUCUUUGGGCUAUAUGGCAUAUCGGGUCACAUAGAAAUGGAGGUGUAUGGAAGUCAAUUCGAUCAUCCGUCAGAGUGAAUUCCAAAUGGGGGCCUUUAAAGGAAAGUAACAGAAGAGACUGGACUACAUUCAAGGAAAAACGUGCUGAGCAACGAUCGAAGCGAGUAGAAAAUAGAAAGCUAAGACAGCUUUGGCAAAAGAUUCGCAAUUUAUUUCACUCUUUUUAAUGACCUCGUUGAUAAUAACUGCGCAUAGCUCUUUGUAUAUAUUAAAUGCUAAUAUUAUAUAAUA